CCAGAUCAGAACAGAUCACACCCACGCAAAUCACUCCACCGCGCUUUCCCCAUUCCCUCGCCGCCGCCGCCGCCGCCGCCAUGCUCCGGCUCCGGUGCUGCCUCCUCACCCAGCUCCUCUCAUCUCCCUCCGCGUCUCCCGCCUCCCACCUCCGCCGCCUCUUCUCCGCCGCCGCGCCCGCCGUCUCCCCGAACCCUAGCUUCGCGGUGGAGGAGUACCUCGUCGCCACCUGCGGCCUCACCCGACCCCAGGCCCUCAAGGCCUCCGCCAAGCUCUCCCACCUCAAGUCCCCCUCCAAUCCCGACGCCGUCCUCGCCAUCCUCGCCGGCCUCGGCCUCUCCAGCGCCGACGUCGCCGCCCUCGUCGCCAAGGACCCGCAGUUCCUCUGCGCCAAAGUGGAGAGAACCCUGGCCCCCGUCGUCGCUGGGCUCACCGGCCUCGGCCUCUCACGUUCUGACAUCGCGCACCUCGUCUCGCUCUCCCGUGACAAGUUCCGAUGUAGAUCCUUCGUCUCAAAUCUGCAAUACUUCCUGCACCUCUUCGGCUCCUUUGAGAACCUCCUCCCUGCUCUCAGGCGCGGCUCAUGCUUUCUCUCAGCCGACCUUGAGACAGUGGUCAAGCCCAAUGUUGCCUUCCUGCGUUCCUGCGGGCUAGGUGACUGUGACAUUGCCAAGUUGUGCAUGGCUCAGCUAAUGCUGCUUGGCUCCAACAUAGAGUGCGUCCGGGCAAUGGCAGCACGCGCCCAAGAUAUUGGUGUGCCCUGUGGCUCUCGGAUGUUCAGGCACGCGCUGCAGGCUGUUGCAUUCCUCAGCAAUGAGAAGAUCGCCGCCAAAGUGGAGCACUUGAAGAAGAUGUUCAGGUGGUCUGAUGUCGAGGUGCGCAUUGCUUUGUCCACGCUUCCGCCUCUGCUGAUGAGGUCUAACCAUAUGCUGGAGAGCAAGUCAGAGUUCCUAAUAUCCAAGGUGGGGUUUGAACCAGCAUACAUUGCUCAUCAUCCGGCAUUGCUCACAUACAGCCUGGAGGGCCGGAUCAUACCCCGGUACUAUGUUGUAAAGUUUCUCAAGGAAAAUGGACUGCUGGAUCACAACCGGAGCUACUAUUCUGCAGUCAUUGUGAUGGAGAAAGUAUUCGUGGACAAGUACAUAUCCCCUCACAAGGAAGUUGCACCAUACCUUGCUGAAGACUAUGAUGCCGCUUGCAGAGGGGAAGUGCCGACUAGAUUCAAAUUUACAUGAAAAUUGACGGCGCGUUCUUUCUUUCAGAAGAUGUGCUAAAACCGGAUGCAGAUGCAUGGUGUCCCCUUCUUGUUCUUCCAGGAGAUCGACGAAGCAGGGCGCUUUGACUCUGCUAUCAUGUAUGUGAUUCUGAAGGUAUUUGUGGACUUGACGCCUUGCGUGAAGAAGCUCCUACUUUUGUCCUUUUGAAAUUUGCAAUUUCAGUAAACCUUAUUUCUAGUAAUUCUGAAUCAGAAUAAGAUCUGAUUAGUUAACUCUGAAUCUUUCAGCCACCAAGUUAAGAUAUCUAUAGUAACCGCUUAAAUGUUAUAGCCAUGUUUGUUUUACUCGAACCAGAGCUGCAAAAUAAACACGAAUCUUACAACAAAGUUGGUCAUUAAUGCAAA